AUGGAACGCUCUGUCAAGACGACCCGCGCUCAUAAGAGACCCGUUCCAUGUGUUCAGGAGCCAAGCAACGAGCCCACCUCUCCUUCCAAAAGACCAAGACUCCAGCCGCCAACCCCAGAACCCGCAAUCAACAACGGUGAAGGAUCAUCGUCCGGGGCAGUACAGCCGUUACGCGCACCAAUACCAACACCGCCGCACACUGAAGAUCGCAUAACGAGUCAGGUUGCGCCUCCUUUGCCGUUGCCUGGGGAUGCCCUAUUGCAAAGCCGCCUCGAUGAGCACCGUCGUGUCAAGGUAGUAAACUACAUGGGUUAUGCUUCGGGCACCUAUAAGGCGCAGUGUCAAAUGCUUGACAGAGAUUUUCCUGAACUUCAGGCGGAGCUUAGCAUGAGGAUUCAGCCUCGCGAUGUUCCUUCUUCUCACACGUCUGGUGUACUGAAAGCCUACAUCGAUCUUGGCAUUUUUACGGGUCCGGCUAUCCUCGGACUGGACGAUGAUCGAAUCACUGAGUAUAUUUGGGCCACAUCCAAGGACAGACAUGACAAAGCUAUAACCAAGCGUUUUGGGAAGCAAGAAGUUGAAAGGAUCUGCCAGGGUGCAGUAGAGGUGGCCAUGAAGAGAGAUCCGACACUGGAACGAUGUAACGUUGAAACCAAAAGCCUCGACGAACUUCCUGAUCUUGAGACUGAUACUCCCAAAACGCCGCAAUUCAUCUUUGAAGCUCGGCUCGACAAUCCGAAUAGCGAAGUCUACUUGACGGGUACAUACCGCAUUGCGUUUGAAGCGAUCAACAUGGACGCCCGUUGUUGGAGCGUUAUGGAACGAUGAGGAUACCUGGAGUGACUAUAAAAGAUCAUGAGUUCACCGGCUUUAAGAUCCUUAAGUACGAGCGCGAAGCCCAGAAAAGCAACUUCAUGAAGUAGAAGACCCACCUUCCCCAGCGCUGGAAAGACGUUCCUACUAGCUCCGUGCACCCAUUGCCGUAAGAUGAUGAAACCUAGGUACCUGAGCGCAGGCGGGGGUGAUUGUAG